AGGGAUAAAGACCUGUGUUGGCUGGAGUUUUAUCCUGCAGCAGCCACCUCUUUCUUGCCUGACUCCUCUCCUUUCCUAAAGCCCAUCAGCAAACCAACAUGCCUCCAAAGAAGCCUGAGCCUAAGAAGGCUGAGCCUAAGAAGGAAGAACCCAAACCAGCACCUAAACCAGCAGAACCAGAACCCAAAAAAGAAGUUGAAUUUAAUCCAGCUUCUGUAAAAGUUGAAUUCACCCCUGACCAGAUUGAAGAAUUUAAGGAAGCAUUCUCACUCUUCGACCGGACUCCUAAAUCUGAGAUGAAAAUCACAUAUGCACAAUGUGGAGAUGUCUUGAGAGCUUUAGGGCAGAAUCCAACCCAAGCUGAGGUCAUGAAAUUGCUUGGCAGACCCAAACCAGAAGAAAUGAACUCCAAGAUGAUUGACUUUGAGACUUUCCUGCCCAUGCUCCAACAUAUUGCCAAGACAAAGGACACGGGCACCUAUGAGGACUUCGUGGAGGGGCUGCGUGUGUUCGACAAGGAGGGAAAUGGAACAGUGAUGGGAGCUGAACUCCGCCAUGUUUUGGCUACGCUUGGUAAGAAAAUGACUGAGCAAGACUUCAGCUGUCAUGUUGUUCUCAGUUACAAAGACUAA